UCGGGGUUGCGUUCCCAGACUAGACUCCCGCGCGUUCAGGCGGGCGGGCGGAGGUGGCCGUGGCCAUGGGGGCGUUGCCACUCCGGACUCUGAGCUGAGGCGCGCUGGACUCGGGAGCCCCUGACCCUUUCCUGCCCCACAGUUUUCUCACGGGGUCCCCCUUUAGAGGGAGAUGAGGAAACUGAGGCUGAGAAGGGGGUAAGUGUCCAAGUGAUGCAACUAGUAAAGUGGCUAAUGCAGGAUUUGAACACAGGUCUUCCUGACAAACCUCCAAAAUGCAGACCCCAGGCACUAGAUCUCUGCAUUUGAGUGAAUGGCAGAAGAAUUACUUUGAUAUCACCUCUGGCACCUGUACUCCAAGUCAGAAGGCUGAUGCCCUCCGUGCACAGAUUUUACGCAUUCAGUAUGCAUGGGCAAAUUCCGAGAUCUCCCAGGCCUGUGCCACCAGACUCUUCAGAAAAUACACAGACAAAUACUCUGCAAUUAUUGACUCUGACAAUGUAGAGACUGGCUUGAAUAACUAUGCAGAAAACAUUUUGACUAUGGCAAGAUGCCAGCAAACUGACAGUGGCAAGUGGCAAUCUGGAUUAACAAUAAAUAAUGUUUUCAAAUUAAAUAGUGUGCAAGAGAUGAUGCAGGCUGGCAGAAAGUUCAAAGAUUCUCUGUUGGCACCAGCAGAUGCUUCGGUAGUAAUCCAUAAGGAGGUGAGUGCCUUUGGUUUUUCUAAACCCAAAUCUCAUUGUAUUGAACAGUCAUUAGACAUUCCAGAGAAACCAGCAUCCUUGAUCCACCCUCAGAAUAAUCAGCUGCCUAUCACGACCAAAGCUAAAGAUGAUUUUCUUGCCUCCUCAGUGCCUUUAGAUGAACUGCCCAGUACAAAGUUCCAUGUUACUCCCUUAUUUGGAAAUGCCAAAAUGCCAAGUGACACUACAAAAGCCAAUACAGUAUUAAACAUGCCAUCAAAUCAAUCUUUAUUCCAUUCUGGGUAUGGAAAUUCAGGGAAAAAGAAGACUUUUUAUGAUUCUGGCAAUAAUGGCACAGAAGCCCUUUCCAAUCCCACACUGAAUAAGACUCUUAGUUACACAGAAACUAGUGGUCACAAGGAUGAGAGCAGCCUGUCUAGCUUUAAAACUGCAAAAGAACAACUAUGGAUAGAUCAGCAAAAGAAAAACCAACAACCGCAACGUGCACCAGGCUUUUCAUAUGGUGGAGUAAAAAAAUCUCUGGGAGCUGGCAGAUCUCGGGGCAUAUUUGGGAAGUUUGUUUCUCCCCUAGCCAGACAAGAUAGUAGAGAUGAGAAAGGAGGAGUGCAGUGUAAACCGCACGGAGCUGUGCCUACAGAACCAGCUCAUCCAGUUGAUGAACGUUUGAAGAACUUAGAGCCAAAGAUGAUUGAACUUAUUAUGAAUGAGAUCAUGGAUCAUGGCCCACCAGUAAACUGGGAAGACAUAGCAGGAGUUGAAUUUGCUAAAACCACAAUAAAGGAGAUAGUUGUGUGGCCUAUGUUGAGGCCAGACAUUUUUACUGGGUUACGAGGGCCUCCCAAAGGGAUCCUGCUCUUUGGUCCUCCUGGAACAGGUAAAACUCUAAUUGGCAAGUGCAUUGCAAGUCAGUCUGGGGCAACAUUCUUUAGUAUCAGUGCUUCUUCCUUGACUUCUAAAUGGGUGGGUGAAGGGGAGAAAAUGGUUCGUGCUCUGUUUGCUGUUGCAAGAUGUCAACAGCCAGCUGUGAUAUUUAUUGAUGAAAUUGACUCCUUGUUGUCACAGCGUGGAGAUGGUGAGCAUGAAUCUUCUAGAAGGAUAAAAACUGAAUUUUUAGUUCAGUUAGAUGGAGCAACCACAUCUUCUGAAGAACGUAUUUUAGUGGUGGGAGCAACUAAUCGGCCACAAGAAAUUGAUGAGGCUGCUCGGAGAAGAUUGGUAAAGAGAUUAUAUAUUCCACUCCCAGAAGCUUCUGCAAGAAAGCAAAUAGUGAAAAAUCUGAUGGCCAAGGAGCACUUUUGCCUUAGUGAAGAGGAAAUAUCCCUGAUUGUUAAGCAGUCUGAUGGGUUUUCUGGAGCAGAUAUGACACAGCUUUGCCGAGAAGCUUCUUUAGGUCCUAUCCGAAGUUUACAGACAAUUGAUAUUGCCACAGUCACACCAGACCAAGUUCGACCAAUAGCUUUUGUUGAUUUUGAAAAUGCUUUCAAAACUGUGCGCCCAAGUGUGUCUUUAAAAGAUUUGGAAUUGUAUGAAAACUGGAAUAAAACUUUUGGUUGUGGAAAGUAAAUGAAUGAAAUGAAACUUAAGGCAGCUAUGUAAUAUAUUUUUAAAUAGGGGAGCCAAAAAUAGUUACUUUUAAUAAAUCUGGAAUUCUUGGUAUCUUAAAGAAAGUAGAAUGCCUGUUCCUAAUCUCCCACAUUUUCCAUGAUAAAAUAUCCUAUGCUAUUUUUGAUGUAAAUAUAUAUACUUUAAUUCACUCUAAUCAUUAAGUGAUAGUUGAGGUAUACAUACCCAAAAUGAGUGUGAGAUUUAUCUGUUUUUGAGGGUUUUUUUUUUCUGUUUUGAAGGGCAGCUAUAAAGGGAAUAGGACAUUUAAAAUGAUUUUUGAAAAUUCAAAGAUUAUAUUUGUAUGUGAGGCUCUCCUGUAGUCACAUCUAUCUUUUGUUUUGUUUUCCCUUUAGGAAAGUCUUAUUCUUUAAUGUUGUCUUAAUACAGUAGUAAAAUUUAGAUUUAAAAAAAAAGUCAAGAAACUCAUAAUCAUAGCAAAAAAAAAAAGCUACUCACCUGAAUCAGUACCAUUACAGUUUACAACCCAACCUCUGUUUCUGUUUUCUGAUGGACUUAAAAAGGUAAAAUUAUUUAAUAUUUUCUUAGGGGCAUAUGGAAUUUUGUUUCUGUUGUUACUGCUAAGUGUUUGAAAAGAAAUAAAAUUUUUCUAUAGUAAAAAUAUGUAAUGAUAGCAAGGAAUAAUUUGGAAUAAGAACUGUUUCUGUAGUGUGACAAAAAUACAUCAAAGGUAGGCAGUACUUUGUAAAAAAUAUUUUGUGAGAUAAGAAAUUAAUCUUUAUUUUGAUACUUUACAGCCUGUUACAAUACUUUCUUUCAGAAGUAAAUAUUUUUUUAUGUCUUUUGUAAUGAUGGAUUUAAAAACAAUCUUUUCCAUAUUACUAUUGUGUGAAUUUGGGGAUAAGACAGAAGAUCAAAAAAAAUUUGUGCCUCUUGUCUGGGAAAAGUACCUUUUAGGCUUUAAAAAAAAAGCCUGCAUUUGUUUUGUUGGAAAGUUAUUCAGUAUUUUGUAUUAGCAAGUAUUUUUAGGUUAAAUCAAAACUAUAGUUCAGUUGUGGAUAAGUAACCAAGAUUUCAAGACGAGGCAUUUUCUGUAUAAGAAAAAAAUAAUUAAAUUAAGGACCAAACUUCAAUCAGCAUGAAAUACUUGAU